CAGCGCCUUGCGGCUCAUCCCGGCGAAGGUGCCUUAUUGCGCUCCGAAACGGCACCGGGCUCCGGGAGCUGCAGAGACGUCGCACCUCCAAAGGCGUACGGCGCACCGGGAAACGGAGAGCUGGAUCUGCAGGUUCUGGCACCGCCUCACGUCUGGUGCCUGGUUCUCACCCCGCAUGGGGGUGUAGCCUCCAUGUGACGGCCAGGAUCAGGCCUCUUCCAGGAUGUUCCACCUGAUCAAGAAGGACAAAGACAAGGAUGCUGGGAAGAAGGAGAAGAGGGAGAAGAGGGAGAAGAAAGAGCGCAUGUCGGUGGCGGAGCUGAGGAGCCUGGAGGAGAUGAGCGUGAGGAGGGGUUUCUUCCACCUCCCUCGUGGGGCCAAGAAGGAGCAGAAGGGGAGGAUUGAGAUCUCAGGCCCCAUGCCUGUCCGGCCGGGGACCACAGAGACCGGGGACCCAGCAGCAGACACGGCAGGCCCCGGCGAGGAGGCAAAGGGCGGCAUAGGGGCCCGGCGCAGCUCAGUGCGUGAGCGUGCCGCCAAGUCUCUGGCCAGGCAGAGCUCACAGGUGGGUCACCUCAUGAAGCGCCUGUCCUUCUCCCAAAAGGGCAGUGAGGACAGGCCACUGGAGGGCGCCAUGCCCUCCCCAUCCCCACAGACCUCUGACAUGCCCCAUAAGCCCGGAGACCCUGAACCCGGCCUGGGCCCAGUGAAGGUCCCGGAGCUGGUGGAGCGGACGUUUGCGGCGGACCUGCGCCUUCCCGCUGUGGUGCCCCCAGUUCUGCCGGAUCCUCGGGAGCUGGAGAUUCGGAGGCGCGACACCGGCGACUUCGGCUUCUCACUGCGCCGCACCGCCAUGCUGGAGCGCCGUGCUGCCGACGGUGCCGUCUGCAAACGCGUGGUCCACUUCGCCGAGCCCGGCUCUGGCGCCAAAGACUUAGGUCUGGGGCUGGGCCCGGGCCCGGGCCUGGGGCUGGAGCUGGGCCUGGUGCCCGGCGACCGGUUGGUGGAGGUGAACGGGCUCAAUGUGGAGGGCCGGAAUCGGGACGAGAUCGUGGAGAUGAUCCGGCAGUCUGGUGAGACGGUGCGGCUGAAGGUGCAGCCCAUCCUGGAGUUGGCGGAGCUGAGCCGCGGUUGGCUGAGGAGCAGCGAGGGGCUGCGGCGGGAAGUCUUAGAGGGCGGGGUGGAUGAGGACCCCGUGGCCGUCCUGCAGUCAGCCCACUCUGCUGCCAGCCAGCCCAAGGUGAAGACCGAGGAGGAGAUCGCCGUAGAGAAGGCCUGGUAUAGAACUGAGAAGGUGUGGCUCAUCCACAAAGAUGGUUUCUCCCUGGCCACGCUGCUCAAGUCUGAGGAGAACAGCGUGCCAGAAGGGAAGGUGAAGAUCCAGCUGGAGCAUGAUGGGAAGGUUCUGGUGGUGGACGAGGACGACGUGGAGAAGGCCAAUCCCCCGGCGUGCGACCGGAUGGAGGACCUGGCCUCUCUGCAGUACCUGAACGAGUCGAGCGUGGUGAACAGCCUGCGGCAGCGCUACGGCACCCGUCUGAUCCACACGCACGCCGGCCGCGGCAUGGUGGUGAUCAACCCUGUCAGCGCCCCCUCCAUGUACUCCGACAAGGUAAUGCAGAUGUUUAAGGGCUGCCGGCGGGAGGACUCGGCCCCCCACAUCUACGGCGUGGCCCAGGCGGCCUACCGCAGCCUCCUGACGACGCGGCAGGACCAGGCCAUCGUGCUGCUGGGCCGCAGCGGCGGUGGCAAGAGCACGUGCUGCCAGCACCUGGUGCAGUACCUGGCGGGGGCAGCGGGCAGUGCCACGGGCAAGGCCUUCUCCGUGGAGAAGUGGCAGGCGGCGAACUUCCUGCUGGAAGCCUUUGGAAACAGCGGGACGCCGCUCAACAGCAACGCCAGCCGCUUCUCGCAGAUCAUCUCGCUGGAUUUCGACCAGGCUGGUCAGGUGGCCUCAGCGUCCAUCCAGACCAUGCUGCUGGAGAAGCUGAGGGUAGCCAGAAGGCCAGAGGGCGAGACCACCUUCAACAUCUUCUACUACCUGAUGUCCGGGGCAGACUCCUCCCUCAGAACUGAGCUACAUUUCAACCACUUUGCAGAGAGCAGUGCCUUUGGUAUCCUACCUCAGACUAAGCCCGAGGACAAGCAGAAGGCCUCCCAGCAGUUCAUCAAGCUUCAGGCGGCCAUGAAGGUGCUGGGCAUCUCCGGCGAGGAGCAGAAGGCCUUCUGGCUCGUCCUGGGCGCCAUUUACCACUUGGGGGCAGCGGGGGCCUCUAAAGAGGCAGAUGAAGCUGGACGCCGGCAGUUUGCGCGGCACGAGUGGGGCCAGAAGGCAGCAUAUCUGCUGGGCUGCUCCCUUGAGGAGAUCUCCUCUGCCAUUUUUAAGCACCAGCCCAUGAGCGCCCCCCAGAGGCCUUCCCCGGCCUCCUCUUCGCUCCAGGGGCCGGAGAAAGCGAACUCUGCAGACAGCGCUGGACCCCGGGUGUCGGCCGCUGACUGCCUGGAGGCCAUGGCCUCGGGGCUUUACGCCGAGCUGUUUUCCCUCCUCAUCUUCCUCAUCAACAGGGCCCUGAAGUCCCACCAGCACUCGCUCUAUUCGCUGAUGAUCGUGGACACGCCCGGCUCCCAGAAUCCCCGGCUGGCCGGGCAGCCCCGCGGCAGCACCUUCCAGGAGCUCUGUCACAAUUACACGCAGGAGCGACUGCAGGCUCUGUUUCAGGAGCACAGCGUCGCCCAGGAGCUGGAGCGUCACGGGGAGGAGAACGUGGAGCUGACCCUGGAUGACGUGGAGACCAGCCCGUCGUCAUCCAUAGCUGUGGUGGACCAGCCGGUGAAGCAGACCCUGGCGCGGAUGCCAGCACAGGCGGAUGAGGCUCGCGGGCUGCUCUGGCUGAUGGAAGAGGAGGCACUGCAGCCGGGCUGCUCAGAAGAUGCACUAGUGAUGCGUCUGCUCAGCUACUACGGCCCGACCGAGGGGGGGGGUCAAGGCCAUGGGGUCGUCCUCAAAGGGCAGCAGCCGCAUCACUUCCUGUUAGGACACAGCCACGGGACAGACUGGGUGGAAUAUGACACCCGAGGAUGGCUGGGUUACGCCAAGCAGAAUCCGACGUCCCAGAACGCGGCAUUCCUGUUGCAGAACUCCCAGAAAAAGAGCAUCCGGGGUCUGUUUGUGGGCCGGGGGGCUGCGGGGACGGCGCUGUCGGGCUCCAUCGCCGGGUUAGAGGGCGUGUCCCAGCUGGCCAUGCGCCGUGCCACCAGCCUGAGGAAGACCUUCACCGCCGGCAUGGCGGCCAUCAAGAAGAGGUCUCCGUGCUUCCAUGUCAAGCUGCAGGUGGAUGCCCUGAUCGACCUGGUGAGGAGGUCCCGGGUCCACUACGUGCACUGCUUCCUGCCCUUCCCCGACGCUGCCACAAAAGGGCGCGACAGCAAAGCAGCCCGGGCCGGUGAGCCCGAGGCCCAGGGCGAGAGCUGCGAGCCGGGCCUCAUGCAGCUGGACGUGCCCCUGCUCCGGGCCCAGGUCCGGGGCUCUCGGCUGCUGGACACCCUGAGAAUCCAUAGACAAGGGUACCCGGACCACAUGGUCUUCUCUGAGUUCCGCCGCCGCUUCGAGGUCCUGGUGCCCCACCUGAGCAAGAAGCACGGACGGCACUACAUCGUCUCAGAUGAGAAGCGAGUGCUGUUCAGGGCGGGAACCUUGGCCAAGCUGGAGGAGCAGCGAGAUGAGCAGACCAGGCACAACAUCUCGCUGCUGCAGGCCGCCUGCCGCGGCUACCUGGCCAGGCAGGCCUUCAAGAAGAGGAAGGUCCAGGAUCUGGCUAUCCGCUGCAUCCAGAAGAACAUCAAGAAGAACCGAGGCGUGAAGGGCUGGCCUUGGUGGAAGCUCUUCACCAACGUCCGGCCUCUGGUGGAGGUGCAGCUCACCGAGGAGCAGAUCCGCGGCCGGGAUGAGGAGAUCCAGCAGCUGAAGAUGAAGCUGGAGAAAGCAGAGAAGGAGCGGAAUGAGCUGAGGCUGAACAGCGAGCGUCUGGAGAGCAGGGUGACGGAGCUGUCGGCGGAGCUGGCAGACGAGAGAAGCACGGGGGAGUCCGCCUCCCAGAUGCUGGAGACGGAGGCUGCCGAGAGGCUGCGCCUGGACCGGGACCUGAGGGAGCUGCAGGUGAAGUAUGACGGCGUGAGGAAGCAGGUGGAGUCCAUGGAGGUGGAGGUGAUGGAGGCGCGGCUAUCGCGCGCGGUGGAGCUCAAUGGGGACCUGGAUGAUGACGACGACGCCGGGGGGGCAUGGCGUGUGAAGUACGAGCGUGCCGUGCGGGAGGCCGACUUCACCAAGAAGAAGCACCAGCAGGAGUUUGAGGAUAAGCUGGAGAUGGAGCAGCAGAGCAGGAGGCACGUGGAGCGGAAGCUGGCAGAGCUGCAGGCGGACAGCGACGAGGCCCAUCGCUCCCUGCAGCAGUUCAAGAAGAAGGUGCAGCGUCUGACGUCGGAGCUGCAGGACACCAGGCUUCACCUGGAGAACCAGCAGAGCAGGAACCACGAGCUGGAGAAGAAGCAGAGGAGGUUUGACUCCGAGCAGAGCCAGGCGCUGGACGAGGCGCACCGGGAGAGGGCCCUCCGGGAGAAGCUGGCUCGCGAGAAGGAUGCCCUGACAGGGGAGCUGUUCAGCCUGAGGCAGCAGCUACAGGACAAGGAUGUCGAGGCAUGUGCGGCCCGGCUGAAGGUGGAGCAGCUGGAGGCAGAGCUUGCAGACCUCUCCUCCCAGGAGUCCAAGGACGAGGCUUCGCUGGCCAAGGUCAAGAAGCAGCUGCGUGACCUGCAGGUCAAGGUGAAGGACCAGGAGGAGGAGCUGGACGAGCAGGCCGGCACCAUCCAGAUGCUGGAGCAGGCCAAGCUGAGGCUGGAAAUGCAAAUGGAGCGGCUGCGGCAGACCCACGCAAAGGAGGUGGAGAGCCGAGAAGAAGAAGUGGAGGAGAUCAGGCAGACGUGCAGCAAGAAGGUGAAGCAGAUGGAGGUACAGUUGGAGGAGGAGUACGAGGAGAAACAGAAGAUCCUCCGUGAAAAACGGGAACUGGAGUCCAAGUUGCUGAGCGCCCAGGACCAGCUGGGGCAGCGGGACCUGGAGACGGAGAGGCGGCUGCGCAAGGACCUGAAGCGGACCAAGGUGCUGCUGGCGGAUGCCCAGGUCAUGCUGGAACACCUGAAGAACAGCGCCCCCAGCAGGAGGGAGAUCUCCCAGCUCAAGAACCAGUUGGAGGAGUCAGAGUUCACGUGUGCAGCUGCCGUCAAGACCCGCAAGUCCAUGGAGCUGGAGAUGGAGGACCUCCAUCUGCAGAUGGAUGAUGUCACAAGGGCCAAGUCCUCUCUGGAAGAGCAGGUGAGCCGGCUGCAGCGCGAGAAGAAUGAGCUGCAGUCACGCAUGGAGGAGGACCAGGAGGACCUGAAUGAGUUGAUGAAGAAGCAGAAGGCGGCCGUCGCCCAGUCAGCCCGAGACCUGUCCCAGAUCAGCGACUUGCAAGCACAGCUGGAGGAGGCCGUCAAAGAGAAGCAGGAGGUCCAGGAGAAGGUCCAGGCCCUGCAGAGCCAGCUGGAAUUCCAGGAGCAGUCCAUGGUGGACAGAUCGCUGGUCAGCAGGCAGGAGGCCAAGGUGCGCGAGCUGGAGACCAAGCUGGAGUACGAGAAGUCGCAGGUCAAGAGGCUGGAGGGCCUGGUGGGCCGCCUGAAGGAGAGCAUGGAGAAGCUGACGGAGGAGCGCGAUCACCACGUGGCCGCGGAGAGCCGGGAGAAGGAGCAGAACAAACGCGUGCAGAGGCAGACGCGGGACCUGAAGGAGGAGAUGGCGGAGCUGGCCAAGAAGGAGGCGGAGGCCAGUCGCAAGAAGCACGAGCUGGAGAUGGACGUCGAGAGCUUGGAGGCGGCCAAUCAGAGCCUGCAGACCGACCUCAAGCUGGCUUUCAAGCGGAUCGGCGAUCUGCAGGCCGCCCUCGAGGACGAGAUGGAGAGCGACGACAACGACGACCUCAUCAACUGUGGGGACGACUCUGACAUGGACUCUGAGGUGGAGGACCGGGUGGAUGGUGUGAAGUUGCACCUAUCCAGGAGCAAGGACUCCAGCAGGACCCUGUCAGAUGACGUCAGCAUGAAGAGCCCUAGGUAUGGCGGGAACUCUGACACUAAGGAGCAAAUGGAGGCUAAAGGGGAUGUGAAGAAGGGAGGGGGUGAGGAGCCCCCGAAGACGGCAGCACCCCCUGGUGUGGCCAGCAGCUCGCUCAGCUACCGCAAGAGGCGCCGCAUGCGGGACACCAUCGGGGGCACAGGGGACGAGGCCUCACUCCUUAGCGCCCUCACGGAGCACGCCGAGGAUGACCGGCCCUCCUUCCGCAGGGAUGCCACCCCCAUGUCCCGGGGGAGGUCUGUGGGCGGAGAUGAUCUAGACGACCUGGGAUCUGUCAUCUCGCAGGCCUACACUGAAGCCAGCAGCCGUGCCAGGACCGGGUUGGAUCGGCGCUGGGCUGACAGUGACAGGGGGUCCGUCGUGUCAUCUGUGGUCCCCUCCCGCACCUCCACCCACUUGGGUCUGGACGACGAGGCUGACAACAGGUCCAUCCUGAGCGGCUUGGACCUACCAAGCCCCCGUGGCCUGCACCGGAGCUCAUCCUGGCGGGAUGCUGGAGGCAGUGACAUCUACGGGCCACGAUCGGGGGCCCGAAGCCCAGGAAGUGUUACUGUCAGCUCCUCUCUGGCCCGCAGCAGCCGGAUCAGCGAGUUCGGUGCCGUGGGUGACGCCGACAGCGAGAGCGCCUCCCUCAGCGUGUCACGCGCCAGCACGUACAGCCCCGGCUCGCUGGGCCGCAGCCUGUCUCUGCCCGCAGCAGAACCUUCCGGAAGUAGGGCCACCAGCUACCGCAAUUACCUGGACCCGGAGCUAGAGGCCGCCAUCAACGAGGUGCUGAGUUUCAAACCCAUCAAGUUCAAGCGUAGAAGCCUGGAGGACUCCGAAGAAGAGCAGAACAAGGAUGAAGACCAGGAAGCCCCACCAGACCAUGGGAAGACCUCUGUCCUGAGCCGCACCUCCUCCAGCCUGGCUCCUACAAGCCGUCGUAGCCGUGGGAACCGUGAAAGCCACACCUCCGACUCAGAUAACUUCUCCCCAGACCAACGCCACUCAACAAGCUCCCGGAUCAGGACUGCCAAGUCCAAGAAGUCUUCCAAGCGGAAAGAGUCUUCCUCAUCUUCCUCAUCCUCUGAGUCCUCUUCUUCCUCGAGUGGCUCCGUGGUCUCCUACCACAGCUCGGGCAGGCCCAGGAAGGGAUCGGCCCGCAGAGCCUCUGGAUCUGAGGAUGAGGAUGCAAAGGAGCAGAGGAAGAAGAAGAAGAAGAGUAUGGAUAGCUUGGUGAAGAAGUACCUGCACAGAAGUGACAGUGACUGAUACAUAGCACCCACCCUCCUAUCGCUCACACCCCGACAGCAACAGACCCAGUGGAGGACAGAUGGAUGACGGCCCCCCCCCCCCAGUCUACUGUGGCAACCUGAACAGCAGUGAUGGGCGGGCGAGGUCUGAGAUGACAACGUA